AUGGCCUCUUUACAGCAAGAGCAUACCUACGGCCCUAAAUGCCGCCUUGCCCCGGUGCCACAGCCAUUACCGGCAGGUGCGUACGAUGGCAUACCUCCGGUGGCUGCACAGUUUUUCUAUUCUUCAAUAAUACCGAUAGACGACCCUCUAUCUCCAGGAACAAUCGCCGGUGUCUCUGAUGCUCGAACCACUCGUGGCCCGAUUCGUCCUUUCUCGCUCGGUGACAAUAAUGCUCUCGAGAAGGCAUGGCUUAGCUUCCUAUCUGGCGACGAUAUUCAAGCUCAUGAGCAGUUGAUUCGAGACAGAAAACUAAGUCCAGUCACUGAGAAAGCUAAUGCGCACAAACUGGGUCUUCUAGUGCGCCACUUGGCUAUCAAACACCUCCAAAAGCACGGCGGUUUCAUUCAAGCAUCGACCACCGCUGGCGAAGCUUCGGACCUGCUUCCGGACACCCCGAUAUCUACAUGUUGCCCGGAGUUGUUCAUCGAUGUGUCUACCGAGCUACAAAAUACAUUUUGUGCGCUGGCUAGGAAACACCGCCCUUCGCUUGGACAGGAGAAAGUCGUACAAGAAGUCAUGAUGGAACUGAGGGGUCUUGUUGCAUCAAGCGAACCCCGUUCCCAGUUUGGGAGUGUCUCUUCUUCCCGGCCUCGGGCGAACUCGGCUCGUUCACGGCAAAUGGGAAUCAUCGGAUCAUUUAGUCCUCGGCAGGAAGCUGCAAGCGAACUGCAGAGAAUUGGGAAAGAGGCUGGCAACACAGGGGUAGAGUCUCAAUCUAGAGCCAGAUCUGAUUCUCGGACAAGCGAGCAAACGUCGCGGCCCUCAACGCCGGGUCUGGGCACUUCGUUCCGGCAGCAUCCUGCGGACGAUGGUAUCUCUGGCAAGCCAUUUGUUCGUGCUGGACUUCGGCAGCGACCCCAGGACGCGCUUGCGACAUCGUUCCCUCCUUUGGAGCAGUCGAAAUCGAAUGACACUGAGUCUCAAGAUGUAAGGCGGUCGUACACUAUGCCAGAUUCGCCCAGAACAAGGGCAAACACCACGCAAGCCAAGGUUUUCAGUGAUGAAAGCUACAGAAGGGAGGCUGUCGACGUUGUCGUCGGUAUUUCCCGGUUGCAUAUGGUGUCCCUCCCGGCUCUACAAAUGAAGCCUAUUUACUGGUCCCCUGUGAACGACAUUGCGAUGGUCCUCCGUGCUACCUGGUUCUACAGAGAUACGAUGCUACCCAUACCCCCAGCUGUGGCGAAUCAAUUAGAGGCUGGCUUCCGAGAGCUCAAGCCUCACACCGAGACAUGGAAUGAUGAGCUUCGUUGCGCCGUUGACGUUGGGCCCCUUGGCGAGGAGAAAGUCUCCCAUCGACUAUGGCCAGAGGACGUAAACUAUCCCAGCGACGGAGACACGCAGACGAUUUCGGACACUCGUAUCUCAUCAGAUCCGUAUUGUGCCGCAAGCUGCUUCCGCGGAGAAGCGGCAGCAGAGGGAGCUAUCGAUCCAACUUUGAAGGCCGUCUCAGCUGCGCAACCUCAUCGGAGUUACGCAACCUACCACGUUAUCUACAAAGAUGCCUCCAAGGCCUUCCUCUUAAAACCUAGCCUCAAGCCUUCGGCCUACUACGGCAGAAGGCCUGUUGCGAAAGUAAUGAAGGGGAUGACCGUUGGCAUUCCGGUUGUACGUGGCUUCGAUCGCGCGGUCUGGGAGCGUACACACGACAAGGAUGGACGUCGAGAACCUACCAAUAAAUCGGCUUCCUCCGCCAGCAAUGCGCCCCAGGCAGUUGGACACGACGUCUGCCCGGCAUGCAAGGCCGAAAAAGAGCGUGGCCAAGUUACCGACCUUGUCUUGGUGGUUCAUGGGAUCGGUCAGAAGUUUGCGGAGCGAGUGGAAAGCUUCCACUUCACCCACGCUAUUAACGCAUUCCGGCGUGACGUCAAUAUGGAGUUGGCGAACCCAGUUGUGAAGGGGGUGUUGAGAGAGGGCCAGAACGGUAUCAUGGUGCUCCCUAUUAACUGGCGGCAUACUCUCUCAUUCGGGGAAGGCGGUCCAAUGACAGAGGAAGACAAAGCACAGCACGUGCCAGACGGAUUCAGCCUCAAAGAUAUCGAGCCCGGCAGCAUCCCCGCAGUCAGGAGCAUGAUAUCGGAUGUCAUGUUCGACAUACCGUUCUAUCUCUCUCAUCACAAGAGCAAGAUGAUCAAUGCGCUGGUGACGGAGGCUAACCGUGUUUAUCGCCUUUGGUGCCGGAACAACCCCGGGUUCGCAGACAGAGGCCGCACUCACCUCAUUGGACAUUCUCUAGGCAGUGCCAUGGCUAUCGAGAUUCUUUCUCGACAACCCGCCCGUGUUCCGGCACUAGAUCUCUCGGCGAGAAUGCCAAUGCCAGACUUCUUCGAAUUCGACACGAACAAUCUGUUUUUGGUCGGAAGCCCGGCAGGUUUCUUCCUUCUUUUAGAGAGAGGCAUGCUUCUACCCCGGCGUGGUAGGGUGAAGCCUGGAGCUGAUCCCGCGGACAUAAACGCGCCGGAGGUAACGGGUGAGGCCGGUCGCUAUGGUUGCAUCGCCGUGGACAACAUAUUUAACGUACUGGCCAAAGAGGAUCCCAUUGCGUACCUCCUGAAUGGCACCAUCGAUCCGGCGUAUGCAACCUGUCUGAGAACAGCGCAUGUGCCGUCCAGCGCUACCUCCCUUUUCAGAUACGUUGGCAAUGCAGUGAAAAGUCUUGUGCCUGGCGCAGUACCUACCCCAGCCACCAUUGCCCCUCCUUCCGCCCCAAAGCCGAACUUUGCGCGCCUGCCUUCGCAGCUGGAGCUCGAGGUUCACGACUUCACGCGAGAGGAGAUUGCUGAGCGAAAGGCAUAUCUCCUCAAUGACAAUGGCCAGAUUGACUACUACCUCAGGUUCGGCGGUGGGCCUUUAGAAAUUCAAUACCUCAACAUGCUAAGUGCACAUACUUGCUACUGGACAAGCCAGGACUUCAUUCGAAUGCUAUGCAUGGAAAUCGGCAGGAAGCCCGGCAGGGGGAAUACGAUCCCCGCUAUGAGAGCGCAGAAGGCGGCCAAGAAGCCGCUUGGGUAA